AUGGAGUGUGACUGCGGAGUCGACAGUGUCUGCACGCCCACGUCCGCGUCCUGCCGAGACGACACGACGGACGCCAUCACAGCCCCCCGACCGGAAGCGGGGUUGAGUCCCUCGGCUGCGGGAGAAGGCCUGUGGCUCGACCUGACCAGUCUGCUGACCGGAGUCUUCACCGUCGCUGGAUUUCUCCUCUACAGGUUCUCACAAGCGCUGCCGGCUCUCAUCCGAUGGCCCGUCCGUCUCCUCUGUUCUCUCACCGGUCUGUCCUCUGCGUGGAGCUGGUUGAGCCAACUAGUGGGAAUCCUCCGUGGAAUACAGAGCCUGUUCAUUUGGCUGUCCCAGAUUUGGUGGUUCAUCAUUGCGUUGUUCUCCAAGCUGAGCUGGCUGCUUGUUCUCAUCAAAUUCAUCACAGGGUCUCUCAUCUACACCAAGCAGCUGCUGGAGUCGGUCAUCACAUUACAGCAACACAUCGCAAGGCCGUUGAGAAAACGACCGCCAGAGACGGAGGAGGAUGAGUCCUCCAUAACCAGCCGCGGCCUUCCAGUUUGGAGCCCCGACCUCUCCUGCUCCUGUAUUCUCAGGGAGCCCGGCCUGAGGGUCCUCCUCCUGGGUCCCACCAGAGGGGGGCGAACCUCCCUGGGGGACACUAUGCUGGGCUGUGGGGUUUCGGAGACCGUAGCAUCCACCCCUCCCUUGCUGGAGAGCACCAGACGCAGGGCGGUGGUGGAUGGAAGGGACGUGAUGGUGAUUGACACCCCAGACCUGCUGGGGCCGUCGCUGGGAAGCACUAAGAGGGCGUGGGAGGCCCUCCGGAGCCUCCAGCUUGCGGCUCCUGGACCCCACGCCUUCCUGCUGGUCGUUCGAGCUCCUGACUCUGGCGAGGGAAGAGACCAGGAUGUGUCUCGGGCUAUCAGAGCCAUACUGGAGCUUUUCGGAGAUGGAGCCGCACGCCACGUCCUCACUGUGAUCACCCACGCAGACUGUCUGGGUCCGGACCGCAGCCUGGCCCGGCUGCUGGAGGAGGACACUGGAGGCCUCAGAACCGCUCUAUCUUUGUGUGGCCUGAGGGUGAAGCUGCUGGACAACAGCCCACACUGCUACCCGGAGGCCCGGAGGAGCACGCAGCGGAGCCUGGUGCAGCGGGUGGUGGAGAUGAGAGCACUCAGGGGGCAUUUUGUCCACGAGCUGCAGAAGAGGGAGGACAGCAUGAGGGAGGGGCUGCUGACUGACAUGGCCUCUGCACUGGCCACAAAACUGGGACACACGUAA